UUAGUCGUAGCUUUCCGAAUAAGAUUCCCAUAUCGCUUCAGAGUUUAUACGCGUUGGGUGUUUGGUCUAGUCUGACAAUUUCGCGGAAUAUUAUCGAUAACUUUUGGCAGUGUCCUGGCUUCGAAGUGUUUAUUAAUAUUAAAGUUUUUCACAUCAAGUUAAGAAUGGAUUUAGUGAGUUGUGUGCAUAGUGAUGGUACCAAUUCUUCUGGGUCAGAAUUUCAGAAACAGGAACAAUACCCACCUGAAAUGGAAACAAAUAAUGUGCGUCCCUCCAAAAGACAACAUCUGCAGCGACAAGGAAGCGAUGAACGAUAUCGAAAAAGGAUAGUCUUAAAGAGUGGAUAUUGCAAUAUUCGCCAGAAGAAUCUGCACCAUUUCUGGAUGAAGUUUCUACAUGAUCCCUGCACAACGUUGGUUGACCUUCAAUGGCGAUGGAGUCUAUUAAUUUUCGCUCUAAGUUACAUACUAACGUGGCUGGGAUUUACCAUUUUCUGGUGGCUUAUUGCCAUUGUACAUGAUGAUCUGGAUGAGAUGCAUAUGCCUGAACGUCAAGAGGAAGUUGGCUGGAUCCCGUGUUAUACAAACCUCAAGGAUUUCACAUCAAGCUUCCUUUUUUCACUUGAAGUGCAGACUACGUUGGGGUACAGCAUUCGCAUGGUGACCGACGAAUGUCCUGAAGCAAUUUUCCUAGUAAUAUUUCAGUUCAUAUUUGGUAUGGUCCAUACUGCGUACAUAGUGGGCUGCCUCUAUAGCAAAGUGACACGAACUAAAUACAGGACUAGCACCGUGAUGUUCUCACGAAAGGCAGUUAUAACUCAAAGGGACGACGACUUCUACUUGAUGUUUCGUGUAGGAGACUUGCAUAAAAGUAAUAUAAUUGGUGCAAAGAUUCGUGCACAGUUGGUCCGGCCAAGGACUUCAAGAGAGGGAGAGAUAUUUAACGUAUAUUGUUCCGAGCUGAAGCUUGGAAUGGACGAUUGCGAUGCGAACCUCUUCUUCAUGUGGCCAAUGAUAAUCACACAUAAGAUUGACGAGCAUUCGCCUUUGUUUGAUGUCUCUGCCGAUGGUCUUUUCUAUGAAAAGUUUGAAAUUUUGGUGAUUUUGGAAGGAACCUCGGAAAUUUGUGGGCACCUCAUGCAAGCCCGGACAAGCUACUUGAGUGAUGAAAUUACUUGGGGUCGACGAUUUGUUCCUAUUAUACAAUAUUUGGAUUAUAGAAGGCAGUUUGAAGCUGAUUAUUCGAGAUUUAAUGAGACAGCGGUCACCAGUGUGCCACUGUGCAGUGCGAAACAGUGGAAGCAGUUGAGGCAAGAAUUCGACAGCACAGGUAGCACCCCGAUAUGGUCGGAAGCGCAAAGGAGGCAAAAACAAGACAAGCCAGCAGUGGUUCGCGGGUUAUAGGCGGAAAAGAGAAUGGUUUGCGGAAAAUUUACAGACGCCUUAGUAUAAGUGCAGUUUAUAUGAAUAAAAUGUUUUUUUAAAAAAG